AUGCUCUCCAGGCUAGUAAGAGAACAUAAUCAAAAACAAGUUAUAAGACGUAAUAAUGAGCAACUUAGAAAAGAAGCUACACAGGCUCGCGAAAUUGAAGCUGAAGCUCGUCGCCUUUCCGCACAAUCAAAAUUCACAAAACAAUGGUUGAAUAUGUUAGACGGAUUUAAUUCUGCUUUAAAG